CGCGGCGCGGGGCGCGGGCGGGCGGCGCUGGCAGCGCGCCACGAGCGCGGUCACACACCGAAACGUGCAGAUUUCUCAUGAAAAAUUAGAGUUCAUCGCCGACUUCGCAACCGCGCCUACGUACUUGUAAAGUAAACAAACUUCUCGUCAAACAUUUUAUUAAUUUAUCGCACGAAUAUUUGAACACCAGAAGUGGCCCCGGCGGCGGUGCGUCAGCCGCGCUACGGAACUGAGGGGCGCUGGCGGCGGGUGCUGCGGCUUGUAGCUGCUCUACAACAUGAGCGAGGCGGGCGGCAGGGACGCCGUGUACCCGGCGGCGGCGUCGGCGCUGGAGCGCGGCCGGCGGCGGCGCACGGGCCUGCGCCUGCGCCACCGCACCGCGCCCGUCACCUUCGCCGAGAUCAAGGUACGAGCGUGCGGGCGCAGCCGGGGACGGGAGACGGUUGUUCUCAACGGACUCAAUGAGUCUCGUUGCAGGAGGUGGACGAGGAGGCGGCGGGCGAGGAGUGCGCUGCGAGCGCGCCCAGCGUCGCCGCGCCCGACGAGCGCCGGCGCCGGCCCGACGUGCUCGACGAGCGGCUCGGCGCGCAGUUCGCCGAGAGCCGCCGGCGCCGGGCGCGCCGCGCGCUGCUGCGCGAGCCGGACGAGGCGGCGCCGCGCCCGGCCGCCGGCCCCUCCUGAGCGCGCCAGCGACCGGCUGCAUCGCGCCCGCCGGCGGAGCGUAGUCGUCUCGAAGCUGAGCAGCGGUGUUUGUCUUAACUUGAUUGUCGUUGAUUUUAUUGUGUAGGUGUCGGACGCUCAGAGCUGGCGUCCGUCCGCUCGCGUGUGAGACCGCACGCACUGAACGCCACAAGCCAGGUGCCACAGGCGAUCUGUUCCUGUGCUAAGGCUGUAGCUAGCUUUCACCUAUUUAUUGACAUCUUUUUUUUCGCAUUAUUUUUAUAAAAAUUAUAUUAGAGAUCCCCAUAUUCGUAUCAUACUACUAAUAUUAUAGAAAUUGUAACAUGAUCAUUCCCGUCCUUGACAUUACUGGCCUUGUCUUGACCCAUAUCUUCAACUACUCCAUUUCUACUAGCGAAUUCCUUGUAGCAUGGAAGAGCGCACAAAUUAUUCCUAUCUAAAUCCUAUUAUAUUCCUAUCUAAAAAUUAAUCCUAAAUAAACGAGUCCUGCACAUCAUGGAGUGUGACUUCCAGCCUAUUUCAAUUUUGCCAUUCCUAUCUAAAGUUCUGGAGAAGCUUGUUUUUUCGACAACUGAGUCUCUUUUUUUUUUGUAUUAACCUUCCUUUCUUCCGCGCGUUGGUCUGUGAGACCGACAAAACACAUUUUUAUUCACAUUUUUUCUCCUAGAAACACUGGCGAGUCUAGAUUAUUGCUAGCUGCUGGAUGUAUUGCUUAAGUACUUCGUUUUAGUGCACACCGCGCGUUUGUGCUAGCUCCACGUGUGGGUGCAAUUGGUACAUACCGGUCCGUGAGACCGGGUAUAGGUGCAACUUUUUGUAUCAGAAAAUGAUUUUCAUAUUUUUUUAGUGUUUGCGUUAUUUUUAUUGUGUAUUUUGACAAGUUUUGUCAUGUUAUUGGUAAUAUUUGAUAUACCUAAGUUUUAAUAAAAAGCUAAUCAGAGCAGUCUGGGAAGAAGAAAGUUCUGAUUCCGUUUAUCGAGACAACAAUUAAAGUUAGGAAGAUCAUUUCGUAAAUUCACGGCAGAAAAUAUAAAAUACUGAGGAAGAAAAUGACGAAGAGGUAGGUGACUAAUAGAAACCCUGAAAAAAUAAUUAACUGAAUUUAUAUGUAUAAAGGAGGAGAUGUUACUAGACAAAAUGUGCGAGAUGUGUGAAGCAUAAAUACCUACAAUGUGUUUCAGUGGCCUGCAAUGUUUUUUAUAGAGUAACAAGUUUAACAUAUAAAUAGUAUGUGCCUUAAAAUCAAUCCGAACACGAAAAUUAGCUCCAGGUUUUUACCUAAUAUUAUGAAUUCGCAACUCCGACGACAAGUUCAAAGUAAAGUACAUCUUAAUCCAAAAUCAUAAAACUAAGGCCCGCCAAAAUAUGUUAGUUAGAUGGGCCCAAGUCUUUAGCAAAAUAGAACAAUAGUAAAAUAUCUGGUCGCUAGCGCUAUUAUUUAUUAUAAAAAAAUCGCAAAACUGCAAUAAAUACCUUUGUUUGAAACAUGCUAAUAUGAAAAGCCCGGAUUGUUGAUGGUAAGGCUAUCAACUAACCUCCGGAAUCGGAGGCAGCGGAUUCGAACGUUCCGGGGCAUGCACCUCCAACUUUGCAGUUGUGUACAUUUUAAGAAAUUAAAUAUCACGUGUCUCAAACGGUGAAGGAAAACAUCGUAAGAAAACCAGAAAAUUUUAGUUAAGAAUUUUCUUAAUUCUCUGCGUGUGUGAAGUCUACCAAUGCGCAUUGGGCCAGCGUUGUGGACCUAACCACUCUCAUUCUGAGAGGAGAGUCGAGCUCAGCAGUGAGCCGAAUAUGGGUUGAUAAUGGAUAAUGAUGUGUAAUAUUAUAAUCUGUUGUUGUUGUUGUCGUUGUUGUGUUGUUGUGUUGUUACUGCGAGUAGUUAGUGUCAAACGCUCGCACAUUCUCUGUUGUUUGGUACUUACUUGUUGUAUAAGAUGUGAUGUAAAUAAACAGAUAUGUUAUUAUAAA